AUGGCUCAGAUCGCCCACUAUCUGCAGGACCAGCUGCAGAGCAUGGCUCAAGCGUCGACCAAAGCGCCCGGCAUGGCGGCCAUGAACCUUAAAGAGCUGCAGGACCGCGCGGCAGUGACUGCCACCACUGCCUACCAGCAGACGGCCCAGUCGAUGCAGGGUCCACUCGAGCAGAUCAGCCACCUCGCCGACAUGGUCAAGAAGAACCGCCUCGUCGAUGAUGCGAAGCUGGUUUCCAUGAUCCCGGGUGCAGUCGCAUCGGUGUUGACCGGAGGGGGUCUUGAUGACCGCAAGCUGCUGCUUGAGCAAGUCAUCACAAUCCUGUCGAUGCUGCCUCCGGACUCGCCGGUCAGCCGCACGCUUUCGAACAGCCUCAUCGGCAUCAUCUGGGGCGACCUGCCGCACCCUCCGGUGUCGUUCAUGGAUGAGAGAUCGCGUGUCCGCCGGCCGGACGGGUCGCACAACAACUUCUUCGUACCGGACCUCGGCCGCUCUAGCAAGCCGUACGCCCGCAAUGUGGCGCGUACCCAGCCUGAGCCCAUCGACGUUCCCGAUGUCGGCACGGUCUUCGACCUCCUUCUGGCUCGUGACAAAUUCGUGCCUCAUCCGUCGGGCAUUAGCGCCCUGUUGUUCCAUUUUGCGAACAUCAUCAUCCACGACAUCUUCGCCACCCGGCACGAGAAUCCGGCCAUCAACAAUCACUCGUCGUAUCUCGAUCUGCAGGUCGUGUAUGGCAGCGAUGCAGAGACGAUGCACAAGGCACGAACCCAUCAGGAGGGCCUGCUGAAGCCCGACGUCAUCUCGGAUUGGAGGCUGGCAAUGAUGCCUCCGGCGACCUCGGCGCUUGCGGUGCUCUUCAGCCGCUCGCACAACUACAUCGCCAAGCGGCUGCUGCAGGUGAACGAGCGCAAUCAGUUUGACAGCCUCGAGCCAAAGGAGCUCGAUGAGAAGCUCUUCAACAUCGCGAGGCUGUGCAACUGUGGCCUAUUCAUCAACAUCAUCCUUCGCAGCUACAUUCCUGCCAUCCUCAACACGCCGACCUCCGAGUUUUUCGUCAAUCCGCUGCCAGACAUCCACAACGCCGGCCAGCCGGGCAAGGUGCCCAGGGGUGUCGGCAACGCGGUCGCCUCGGAGUUCUCCGUGCUGUACAGAUGGCACUCGACCGUCUCAAUGGCAGAUGAAAAGUGGAUGGACCAGAUGUUUUCGGAACGCAUGCCGGGAAAGCGUCCUGACGACGUGACGCCGGACGACUUCAAGCGCCUUGCGGCACAGAUCAAGCAGGGCUACGAGGGCAAGGAUCCGAGCGAGUGGAACGUCCACGACUGGCCCAGGGACCGCGACGGCAAGUACUCGGACGAUCUACUGGCCAAGAUCAUCAAAGACGCGACAUGCGAGGUGGCGGCGGCGUUCAAGGCCCGAGGCAGUCCUGCCUGGUUCCGCGCCGUCGACAUGCUGGGCCAGAUCCAGGCCCGCGAAACUUGGGCGCUCUGCACGCUCAACGAGUUCCGCUCAUUCCUCGGCCUCAAGAAGCUCGAGUCGUUCGCCGAGUGGAACAAUGACACCGACGUUGCCAAGGCAGCCGAGAUGCUCUACGGCGACAUCGACAACCUCGAGCUCUUCCCUGGCCUGCUGGCCGAGGAGGCCAAGCCGAGCAUGACUGGCAGCGGCCUCUGUCCCGGCUACACCAUCUCGCGGGCUAUCCUCAGCGACGCGGCGGCCCUUACCCGCGGCGAUCGCUUCUACACGCUCGACUAUUCAACAUCGACGAUGACGACGUACGGCCUUGAAUACGCCAACACGCCCCAGCCUGGCUCGCGCGGCUCGAUCGGCAAGCUGUUGAUGACGACGCUUCCUGGCCAGUACAAGUACAACUCGACGUAUGCGCUCUACCCUUUCAUGAUUCCCAGCCGUACCAUUGAGAUCCUCCGCCGCGAUGGCACGCUCGACCAUUACGACACCGCCUAUCCGACGCCUCCGCACCGCUGGCUGACGAUUGAGUCGUACGCCGCCUGCAAAGAGGUGCUCGUCAACGAGCGCUACAUGACCACCCUGCCGGGCCACGGCUACGACGAGGAGAUGAUGGCAUCCGCCCUCUUUUCGAUCCCGCGCUGGAAGGACGAGGUCGCCGACUUCUACGCCACAAGCAUGGCCAAGGCGAUCGAGGCCAACAGCAUCCGCUACCACACGCAUGGCAAGACGCGCAUGCUGGACCUGACCGACGUGAUCAACCUCGUAUCGGCCCAGUUUACUGCCACCCUGUUCGCGCUACCGGUCCAGCACAACGGCGGCGCUGUCGGCAUGUCGCCGCGCGAGCUCCACCUUGCCCUCGCCCGCCCGCUCGCCUUCGAUCUGGCCGGCUCGUUCAGCUUCGUCGGUCACCACAGCUGGAAGCUCGAGGAGCAGUCCGAGUCGGCGACGCGCGCUCUGAUGACCAUCGUCCGCGCCCGCGUCUACAGCCUUAUGCGGCUGUUCGCGCCCCUCGUUGCGGUCCUCCAGGGCCUCUCCAACAUCGUCAGUGGACCCGACAAUCUUGCGCCUGGCAAGCUCGCUAAGCACUUCUACGGCCAGCUGUUCGCGACGGGCAAGCGGUACGAGGAGAUCGUCAACGGCUGCUUCCGCAUGAUGGUGGCCAUGACCAGCUGUCAGACCCUCAUUCUGAUGCGAGCCAUCCAGUGGCUCGUUCAGCCGGACAACCGCGAGAUUCACCACAGGAUGCACAGCCUCGCCCUCCGCUCUGAUCCCGGCUCGGCCGCCGACUUUCGCUCCUACAUCUUGGAGGCUUGUCGGAUCAGCAGCGAGACCCCGCUCCCAGCCCGCUUCGCAGUCGGCCCGGUCAACGUGUCGGACGGCAAGGGCAACACAGUGCAGCUUCAGGCCGGCGACGGUGUCUUUAUCCCUGCCCGCGCCGUCUACCGUGACCCCAAGGUGUACGACGAGGCCGAUGCAUUUGACCCGGCCAACUCGUCGCCUUUGACUUUUGGCCUCGGCGACCGACCUAGUCAGGCGAUCCUAGACGUGGCGCUUCCCGCCAUGGCCCGUGAGAUCCUAAAGCUGCGCAACCUGCGCCUCGCCCCUUCCGGACAGCCCAGGACGGUGACGAACCGAGGACCGAGUGGCAGGGAUGAGGCCAUCAGCUUCGUCAGCAGCACUGGACAGGAGAACCCGCUGCCGCUCAACACAGCCAUGCACAUCCUCUACGAUGAGGCGAGGUCCUGA